AUGGUUGUUAACCGCCCCCCAUUGCACCGACCGACCGAUGGCCGAUCGCAGCAACCGUUACUCAAAGAUGACCGCCCAGGGCGCCUGUCCCGAUCCAGCUUCGGCCAAGAUGCGGAGGGCCGGCCCAUGUUGCACCACACCCGUCGGCCUACCAUUCGGAGUAAAAGCCCGGAAUACGACGCUACCCAGGCGACGCGAAAGAAGUAUAUGAUAGCAGCGGGCUUCCUGCUGCUGAGCCUGGCUAGCUUUGUUGUUCAGACCGAGACUGCGGUAUACAUUCAACAUGAGCUGCAUUGGGAUAAGCCGUACUGCAUGCUCUAUAUCACCCACGGUUCCUGGAUAAUGCUCUGGCCGGUCCAGCUCCUCAUCCUUCGAAUUCAGAAGCGGAAGCUUUCAUGGGAAGCAUUCUGGCGUCGCCAUGUCUUCCUACUCAAAACCACCGCCCAGAUGGUCGAGACUCAGGAUGUCCACCUUACUUCCCGCGAUUCCCAUCGUUCACCAGUCUGGUACAUGGUGAAGACGACUGCCUUUGUAACCACCGCGCUGACGAUAGCUGGCGGUUCGUGGUACCUAGCCGUUAACUUGACCACAGCCAGUGACUUAACCGCCAUCUACAACUGCUCGGCGUUUUUCGCCUACGCCUUCUCAAUCCCGCUCCUGAAAGAAAAGCUGCGGUUCGACAAAGUCUUCGCCGUGUGCGUCGCUAUCAUCGGUGUUCUCGUCGUUGCCUACGGCGAUCGGCCGGAAAAGAAGGUCUCGAAGGGAGGCACCACGGGUGCCGAAGACCAAGAAGCCCAGAACCGACUGUUGGGCAACAUUGUCAUCGGGGUCGGCAGUGUACUCUAUGGCCUCUACGAGGUGCUGUACAAGCGUUUUGCGUGCCCUCCGGAGGGCACCAGCCCCGGCCGAGGCACCAUCUUCGCCAACACGUUCGGCUCCAUGAUCGGAUGCUUCACCCUCGCCGUGCUGUGGAUUCCCAUCCCCAUCUUGCAUUUCCUAGGCUGGGAGGAAUUCCGAGUCCCCACCGGCGAGGCGGCUUGGAUGCUCAUUAUCUCCAUCUGUGCCAAUGCCACUUUCUCCGGGUCCUUCCUGGUGCUCAUCUCCCUCACGUCCCCCGUCCUCUCGUCCGUUGCAGCGCUCCUGACGAUCUUCCUCGUUGCGAUCGUCGACUGGUUCCGCACCGGACAGCCCCUCUCUUUCGCAGCCAUCAUUGGAGGUGUUCUGAUCAUCGUGGCGUUCUUCAUGCUGAGCUGGAGUACGUACCGUGAGUUGAAUGAGGAGCGCAAAAAGCAUCUGGAGAAUGAUCUGGUCGAGUCGGAUAGCGACCAAUAG